AUGUUACAGACAUUGGACGAUAACGCACAGCGCAUACAUAAAAAGUCGAUCCCGGAAUAUGAGGAUAUCGACAAUAAUCCCAUUCGUUUUGUAUUUCCUCCAGAGUCUGUAAGCAUUAUGAAUGAGCCUAUUGCCCUCGUCCUUCCUUCCUUCGUAGAGCUUGGUCCACCGCGGACAGCAGCCUUAGGAAGCAGAGAGCCAAGUCAAAGUGAGACACAGAACGAGGAAAACUCAACACGGCUUCACAAGUCACCACAAGAAGAAGCAUUAUCACAAGGAGAAGACAUGAUUCAAGAAGACACGCCCCAGGAGGACAAGCAUCAAGAAGACACAACAUUUUUAGAGUCUCAGACGCUUCCAGAGCAGGAACCAUAUCUGGAGCCAGAGACUUUACAGCCAAUAAAGCGCAAGCGGAACUGGGAACUCUUACAAGAUGUAAAGAAUACACCAGACAUAGAAGAGCUGCAUGGCGGAGAGGAACUUCAACAGAAUACAGCAGAUGAUUCUAAAUUCACAUGCGUCAAUGGUUUCCUCUAUUAUCCGCGUCUUCCGGUUCUGCUUGAAAGCUUAAUCCGUGCUCGAUUGCGCGUUCCUAAAGACAAGGUAAGCUACUGGGCAACCAUGCUGGAAGUUUGGGCAAUCCCCUAUCUUUGGGCACAGACCAUGGCAUCGGAGGACGUUUUAGACGGAAUUGAAGACGAAGAGGUCAAAGACUGGUUCAACCAAAAGGUUCGAAGGUGGCAUUGA